CUCGCUGAACGACAUUAAAAGGAUAAUUCAUCCUUGGCUGAAACAGCUGAGACUUUCGUCGUCUGUGGAUAGUAAAAAGUGAGCGAGUGAUUCUGUAGAAAAUCAAAAUAUCGCAUCCCCGUAAUUCAAAAGCUGACGUAUUAAUAGCCAGCUGUAAAAUAUAAAACAAGAUCAUUUUAGAGAAUAAUUGUGUUUUGUUUAUCAAUAAAUAAAAAUAACGAUUGGAGCUCGGUGCCCCGAUAUUAAAAAUUAUUACUUAAUUGGCCAACUUAUUUCUACAGUCUCAUUAUGAAAUGCAUCUUGCAAGAAUAUUACAAUUACAAUAGUUUUUUAUUGUGUCAAAAGUACUUUGAAUAGAUAAUUCAACAGAGAGUUACUCCCAUAAGUAUGUUUAGAGAUUUACAGGACACUCUGUAUAAUUAGAGCUCCUGCAAGCAGGGACUGUAUUAGGAAGUAACCAUGCCAACAAGGUAUCAACCAGUAAACUGUUUGGCAAUCCUUCCACUACUGCGUUGGCUGUGGGAACGCCAACCAAAUAGUCUAAAAUGAAUCAAAAUUCUAAUUUUCAUAAAAUUGAAUAUUUUGAUAACUUUGUUUCAAAAGUAAUGAAAGAAUGUUCGAAAAAUGGAUGUGCAACUACAGAGACUCUUGCAUCUCAUGUGGUGAGAGUGAUGAUGAACCACAUCGACUACCAGCAUGAGGUGGCAGAGUCGGCCACUGAAUAUAACAACCCCGAAAUCAAAUUGCUGGCUUUAUGUGUGGAAACCCUCUGUCAAACUGACUCACCUCCGCUUCUCACCAUGAAACUGCAGACCCACUUGAAAACACAACUGUCAUCAAAACAUCAGAUUGUCAUGGAUCAUAGAAAUGCUAUUCAGAAACUGACGCAGCCGCUACUGUCAGAGUUAACUGACAGACAUGUGAAGAUGUCGGAGAGAAUAUCACUUGAAAAAGAUGACAUUGAAGCAUUGUAUCACAAGCUUGUGAUCACAAUCACACUACUCUCUGGGCUAGGAAAUCCAACACAAAAGCCAAUACUCAUGUCAGCAACAGUUGCACUAUCAAGUGUGUUUCCAAUUUCUGAAAUCGUGAGGUUUCUUUCACUUGAUGAAGAGGAUAAAAUAAAACAAAUAGAAGAUGUUGCACAUAUCGUCGCUGGAAUACGAAUUUUCAAUCAUUUCACACACAAUCAUUCAGAGGGAAUAGACGACUUACCAAAUAUUCUGAAACCAGCUUGUACUGCUUUGAAGGAUGCAGUUCUAAGAGAAAUUGCAGACAACGAGAGACGUUUGCUGUUGCUGGAAAGAAUCAUGCAUCUUGCACAGACGAAUAGUGAAGACGAUGAGUCGAAUUGUGAAAUUUCUUCGAAUGAUGAUUUCAUUCUUCCAAGCGUUGAUUUUAUCAAGGAUUUCAUUGUGACUAGAAGACAGAUGAUCAUUUGUUUAAGACAGGUGCUCCAGGAGGUGGAAAACAGUGAAUCAUGCUUACAAGAAUUCGAAAAAGGACUGAAACAGCAAAUCAAAGAACUUGUUGAGAUUACCAGCCAUAAAACUUGUAUACCAACUGAAAUUGUUUUUCCAGGGUUUUUGGAGCUCUCAACAAUGUGGUGCGUUCUUCAAGAUCAAGUUAUCAUUCUCAAUCACUUCAACAAUAUACUCAACUUUCUCAGACCUUUUUUGAAAGACUUUGACGAGGAAAAAUACUUGCAGGAAGCAACCAAAAAAGGUUCCACCGAAGAGCUAUUAGAUAAGAAAGUUUGGAAUACAAUCGAUUCUUCUAAAUUACAUAAUUGUCAGGUUGUCCCUUACAUGAGCGAGACUGGUUUACCAAAAAUUGAAUUUCUCAGUUGCUGUGCAUACAAAUUGAUGGACUCUGAUGGAUUGCUCACUCCUGCUAAUUUGAGCAUUGGGGUUCUGUGUUACAAUUCAAAGUACUAUGCAUUUUCUUCAUGCUGGGCUGCUUACAAAUUCGACAAAGAUCCUGAAAUGUUUCUCGCGGAUUUAAUGGAAGUUAUUUGUAGACAUCCUGAACUAAUUCCAUUGUUUGGAUUGCAAACGGUCAAAAUCAAAAAAAUAAAAAGAGAGAGCCUGCCAACACAAAUUGAAGGUAAAGAAGAUUUUGAAAUGCAAACAUCAGCUCCAUUUGAAUGUUACUAUGACAAGGAUUAUACUUGGAACGUAUGGGACCUGAAACGGAGAGCAAUUCAUCUGGCAAAUAUCAGGAAAAUGCAAACUCAUUCCACGCAGACUGGUGCCAGUAAUAAGAGAACGUCUGUUGGAGUGCAGACUUAUGAAAUGAAAGAUGUUUCAACUCAAACUCGAAAAGACAAUUCCACCAGCAUGCCGAAACUAUACAAUUUCAGAUUUUUCCUGAAUGGUGACGAAGAGUAUGAUGAGAACAUCAUUAGGAUGACAUCAAGAGCUAUCAGUGAAUAAGUGGAGAUGAAGAAUAAAACAAGAAAUUGAUGAAGCCGAUCAAUUGGGGACAAGAAAUUUUCAUAUUUUCAGAGAAUUGAUGAAAAAAUGAAAAUUUAGGCCUAUCAAUUUUUAUUUAUGUCUUCAAAGUUUAAGAUCAAUAUUGGACAGUAAAUUAUCAUUAUUUUGAGAAUUUUACUGAAUCAUAGGCCUGUAGCUGAUAGACCAAAACUACUUUAAUGAUUGCAGAACAUUCAAUAAAUAUUCAAUUUAAAGAAAAAUGGCAAAACGUUUCGUUUGUAUAAUGAAAUUUCCAGUAAUCUUGCGACUCUUAUAUUUCUCAAGCUCUUGCUUAUGUGUCUCAAACUCUUCAUUAUAUCUAUUUACAGUUCAACUCGUUUUUUGGUGGAAAGUGUAAUUGUAUGAAUUUUAAAUUAUCUUUCUAUUAUCUUCUUAAGCUGCAUUACUUCCAAAGGUUUACGGAUUGCUUAGUGCUUUACUAAUUGUUUUUUGAUAUUUAUUUAAUAAAAAAUCCAUAUCAUUGCCGGCUAGAUAGCCGAGUUGACUUAAGCCCCGCACACACACAUCGAUUUUUGUUC